CGGGGGCAGGCGGGGUCGGGGCGGGGGGCAGGGCCGCACCAGCACCAGCAGCUGUCUGUGCCCCGGCAGAAGCGCAGCGCGAGGACACAACAUCCAGCCAAGCAGAGUGCGACCAAGCGCCCGCCGCCUGGGAGGGGGCGAGGCGAAGCUGAUGCAGCAGCGGGCGGCGGCGCUGGCAGGCCGUUAGGCCUCGAUGGAGGCGAGGGUGACCCGUUGAUGCUGCUGCCGCCGCCGCCGCUGCAGCUGCUGCAGCUGCCGCCUGCCGUGGGUCCGGAGCCGCUGCCUCGUGAGGCGCUGCAGUCGCUGAGUCGGGAGCAGCUGGUGGAGCGGGUGCUGCUGCUGCAGGCACACCUGCAGCUGGCGCAGCAGCAGCAGCUGCAGCAACCGCACACGCAGCUGCAGGUGCGGCAGGGUGGCUUGGAAACUCCGGUGAGGGCGGGUGCUCGGGAGCGCACGCCGCCGCCAUUGCUGCCAUGGGCGCAGCAGCAGCAGCAGCGGCGGAUGAAGGCUGAGGAGGGGUUGCAGCAGCAGGAGGAGGAGGAGGAGGCGGUACCGCAGCGGCCUCCGACGGAGACAAAGCCGGGCGACCUGCUGACUAUGGAGGCGGCCCUGGCGCUGAUCAGCGGCUGGGAGGGGGCGAUGGCCAGGCAGCAUGCGUGCAAGGAGGGCAGGCCGAAGGGCGAGCAGCAGCAGCAGCCGGCAGAUAGGGCGCAGCGGCUAGCAGAGAAGCUGGCGUCUGACUUGGGAGCGGAGGCGGGUGAGGGGGCUGCGAGGUGUGCCAGCGAGGUGACCCGGCCGGCCAGGCCCGCGACACAGGAGCGUGCAUCCGUGGAUGCUGGGGCGAGCGGUGACAACGGCAGCAGCGUGGGGGCGCCGGUGGCUGCGGGGGCGGAGGGCGACGGAGACCACUGCACACCGGCCCCGGUGGCGGCAGUGGCGGAGGAGGGGGCUGAUAAGUAGCAGUCCGGGCUGUCGGCUGCAGGACAUGUGGGAGCGAUUAACGGGGGAGGGAGGAGACCCUGCUGUGUAACUUCAAGAUGCGAUGCUUGUACUGGUGGGCGUGGUGGUGGCGGAGGCGUGAAUGUAUGAAGGGUAAACGAGUGGAGCGAGCAGAGGGGUUGUGUAUGCGGUAAGCAGUGCGGAGUGCUGUACGUGCGGGUUUCGGCCUCCUGCUGCCGAGCCGAGGAGCCGCGGUGGUGCGCUCGACUGUGGGGCAGCUGUGUGCCGUCGGGGGGGUUAUACUAGUGUUUAUGAUUCCUGUAGUAACAUGUCUCGGGUUGCUCUAGGCAGGCCUGCAGAAGGCGAACGUCGGAACUGGCUGAACGCAUUCUUUCCACGAUUCCACCCCUGCGCUGUGAAUUGCUGCGCUAGAGGCUUUGCUUGAUCGCGGCCGGCUGGCGUGCUACCCUCUUGUUCCUUGACUGAUAAUGCCGCCUCAAUCCCUCACUGCUGCUGGGGCGGUCACCAUGACUCACCGAGCAGCUGCAUGGAUGUGUUGCUGGCAAGAGGGCGUAUGCUGCUGCUGCACCGCUGCUUGGGAGGACCGUACACAUGUGUCUUGAGAAGUGCCGUGAUGCACACGCAAGGGUUCGUGCGCUCGUGUUUGCUUCUUUUCGGGCCCCUCCCAGCCGCGCUAGCGGGUUGCUGUGUGCACUGGAAGCCCUGGAGUUACGAACAGCCAACUAGGCGCCAUGCCGGGACAUGUCUAGGGGUGUACCUAAGCAUUAAGCGAUAGUCUCGGCAUCUUUUGGCCUCGGUAGAGGUGCUGGAGGCAUACUCGUACAUCAUUGCUGGCGGACCUAGAGUCAUACUUAGUGCAGUAAUGCAGUACUCAGUACGUCGAACAGCGAAGCACAUGCAUGGGGGGUUGGUUACCAGUAUCCAGCGAGGUCCUGCACUGCACCACGCUGCUCCUCCUCUAGGGUGGCACGCGGGUGGGCCCUGCCGCUGCAUAUGCGUCAUGAAGGUGGUGGUAACCGGGUCUUGAAAGUCAUAGCUGCCG